UAAAUGUUCAUUUAUAAAGGCGUGGAACGUUUUUAAAAAAAGCAAGAAUAGAAAUCAAUAAAAUAGUGAUCAGGAGAGAGAGAGAGCAAAGGGAAAGGGUUCAUCCUCACCAGUCACCAAUGGGGUCUCACCUUUCCAAACAACUCGAGCGGCGAAAAGCCAUCUCCACGGAAAAGAAAGCCCUCAUCGAUCUCGAGAAAUCUUGCGGCUGCGAGUUUCCUGGCUGUGAUUACAUGCCUUCUGAUCGUAAAAACUGGAUGUCCGGCGUUGGACCUGAAAAGCUUCACAUCAACAAGAUCGUCUGGCCAGGCACGCACGACUCCGCCACCAACAAAAUCGGUAUACGAUUUGUGUCUCGUCCUUUUGCUCAGUGUCAAUCUCUCUCCAUCUAUAACCAGCUCGUGGCUGGUACUCGAGUCCUUGACAUUCGUGUCCAAGAAGAUCGCCGUGUCUGCCACGGUAUCCUCAAGACUUACAGCGUCGACGUUGUAUUAGCCGAUCUCAAACGGUUUCUGUCCGAAACAGAGUCCGAGAUUGUCAUUCUUGAGAUCAGAACAGAGUUUGGACACGAAGAUCCACCGGAGUUCGAUAAGUAUCUUGUGGAACAGCUUGGAGAGCAUCUGAUUCACCAGGACGAUCACGUGUUCACCAAGACAGUCGCUGAGCUGCUUACCAAGAGAGUGAUCUGCGUUUGGAAACCGAGGAAAUCGCCUCAGCCUAAGCAUGGCGAUCCGCUGUGGAGUGCCGGUUACCUGAAAGACAAUUGGAUCGAUACGGAUCUUCCAUCGACCAAAUUCGAGAGCAACAUCAAGCAUUUGAGCCAGCAGCAACCGGCUACUUACAGGAAAUUCUUCUACCGGGUGGAGAACACUGUGACGCCGCAGCCUGAUAACCCGAUAAUGUGUGUAAAACCGGUGACUAAGAGGAUCCAUUGCUACGCCAAGGUGUUCAUCAUCGAGUGUGUAAAGAGAGGAUGUGCUGACAAGCUGCAGAUAUUCUCAACGGAUUUCAUAGAUAAAGAAUUUGUUGAUGCUUGCGUUGGGCUCACAUUUGCGAAAGCUGAAGGCAAGGCCUGAGGAAUGAGCGUGUGUAGAGACAGACUUUGUAUAUUUUAAAGGAAAAGAAUCAGAACAUGGCUGCUGUGUUGUUAGGAAUCCUUGUGUAUGAAAACACGUCAGUGUGUGUGUUUGAUUUAAGAGUGUAUCUUCAUAUACAUUACUAAAUAUUUGAUUCAAUUGUCAAAGAUCCAAAAUCAAGGUAAAGAAUUCUGCAGAGCAAAUAGUAGUAUUUCUCUUCAUAUAUAUAGGUAGUGUAUAAACUCAAAAUGUUGGUAAUGAAAAGAAUGAUCAUAUUCAGAGAUGAAGUAAGAAAACCACCCAAAAAUGAGAAGACAUAUAUUAAGGAAGAGAUUUCAACUAUAGUUAUACUUUUUCAGAUGAUGCAGCAGUCCAUAGACUGGCAAAACAGAAGGAAGAAGCACGCAGAUUCAUGAUAGAAAACAAACUAGUCUAUAUAUAGUUUACAAAGUGAAAGAGAGCUAACCUGAGAGAGGACUAUAUAUCUCUGCUACAAUAUAAUGGCUCUUUUUGUGACACCAGUGUGAUUUUGGGGGUAUGCCAAUUCUAUCUUGUCUAAAUAGAAUUAAUUAUGCUAGAAUUCUCAUAUCAGUAGCUAAUGACACAAUAUGCAUCUCUCUAAUUCCAUUCUUUGAUCAAUCUAUAAAGCGACAUAUGAAGGAAACUGAGUUAAAGGGAAAAGACACAAGUAAGUGUUGAAGAAUGAAAAUCACUAGUGUGUGGAAACGAUAGGUUACCUCUAAGCAUAGUGCAAAAUCCCAAUUAUUAGAGGUUAGAUCUCAAUCACUUCAAAAAAAAAAAAA